AUGUGGAUUCUACCACUGGUAGGGUAUCUCGGGGUAAUAGUAGGAUUUUCAUUCCUAACCCUCGCCAUCGCAUCGGGCCUCUACUAUCUCUCCGAACUAGUCGAAGAACACACAGUCCUAGCCCGAAAACUCCUAACCCGCCUAAUCUACGCCAUAAUCACCGUCCAAGUGCUGCUGACUUUAAUCGACGGAUUCCCACUCUUCCUCUCCGCCCUCGCCAUCGGCUCACACCUCGUCUACGCCAGCAAUCUGCGCCGCUUCCCAAUCGUCAAACUAUCCGACCCCCUCUUCCUCCUAUCCUGCAUCCUGGUCCUUCUAAACCACUGGCUAUGGUUCCGCCACUUCUCCAAGCCGCCAACCCCGUCGCCCAGCCGCGCGGGUGAUAGUAACUGGCGCCAGCCGUACUCGGUCAGUUACGCGGAUAUGCCUUCGUUCUCCGAGGUGGCGAGUUACUUCGGGCUGUGUGUGUGGUUAGUUCCGUUUGCGCUGUUCGUCAGUUUGAGUGCUGGCGAGAAUGUCUUGCCGAGCAUGGGGUCGGAAUAUGCGACUGCUACUGCUAGUGCGAGUGCUAGUGCGCCCAGGGGCGCUGGAGGAAUGGGUCACAGUCGUGGAUUCUCGGAUGGGAGGUCUAAGAAUAAGGGGAUGGCUAAGGCUUUGGUUGAUAAUGCUUCGGAUUGGGUGAGGGAGAGUGGGGAGGUUAUGGGGUUUUGGAGGGGUGAUCAGUCGAAGAGGUUUUGA